AUGAAGUGGGAGCAGUAUAUGCGCCCCGAAGCAAGCUGGCGCCGCAUGCUGACGUACCAACCACCCGUAUACACGGUGGGCAAGUUCGGUGGAAGGAGCGGACGAUUCGGUACACGCUGGACCCAGUCAAAAGCUCCAGAACAAGCGAACAGCCUCCAAAUAGAAACACUCUGUAAUUGGAUUGCCAGCUUACUACUUAAGUCGGAGUGCGAAAUCUCGAUAUAUAUUGGGGGAAGCUUGACUACUGAUGUCAAGCAGGUGCAUCAUGGGAGAGCCACAGGCUGGCGGUCUAGGGGGGCUCAAAAGUAUCCCUUUGUGGGUUGUCCGCAGUACGAUUCCGAUGGCGAAGAAGAAGCUCGUAAGCCGACCCAAAACGAGUCCAUUCUGGCGCAGAUUUAUGGGCUUCGCCAGGAAAUGCCUAGGACAUAA